AUGACUAACGCUUCUUCAUCUUCCGCGCCGGGGCUCUCUCAGGGGUCUGAAAAUGCCAAGGACUCCAGCGUAGAGGAAGUAGAUAGGUUACUGGGCCUGGAGGCUACCGCCUUCCAGCGUGACUUGGAGGUAGAGCGAAUAUUAAAGGCCUUUAAGCUGAAUCCUUACAACGUUUUAGGCCUUCAAUAUCACGCCACUGAAGCAGAUAUCAAAAAGAAGUACAAACAAUUGUCACUCUUCAUCCACCCUGAUAAGGCCAAACACGAGAAAGCGCCAGAUGCAUUUGACUUGUUGAAGAAGGCGGAGUCUGAGCUGUCGGACAAGGACAAACGCGCCGAAAUUGACUCUGUGGUUGCAUACGCUAGGACGCAGGUACUUAAGUCUCAUGGCAUACCAUCUUCCGUAGAGGACUCGGACUAUCGUAUACAAACCCUUCUGCCACCAUUUGUGGAACAACUGGGGCUCAAAGUGAAAGAAUUGCUUAUUGAUGAUGAGCUGCGGAAGCGCCGAGCUUUGAAGAUGAGUUUAGCGAACGAGGGCUUGGAAGCCAAAAGGAAGGAGGAAGAAGUUGCGGCCAAAAAGCGAAAGGCUGAUGAGGAUGCCAAUUGGGAAGCUAACCGGGACAAGCGAGUCGAAGGCUGGCGUAGUUUCCAAUCAACCGGACCCUCAAAGAAGAAAAAGAAGAACAAAGUCGAGAUCAUUGGAUAG